AUGAGUGGCCAUCUGAACCCAAAGGACUCCAUGAAGUCCACAUGGCGUCGGCUAGACCGCGCCGACUGGAGCAUCUUCCACUGGUUCUAUGAGAUACUCGGCAUCCAUCCGAUAGCUUUGGAUAAAGAAGUGCCUGUCCACAAUAAGGAAGAGAAGGUGCCCUACAUGCCGGAAUGGCAUCUGCACUGCUGGGUACUCAUCCACGCAUUCAUCCCUCUCGCCAUCCAUCACGUCUACACAUCCUAUACUGGUCACAACCUAAGCCCCCUGGCCGCCUUCGUCUUUUAUAGCGCGGCCUUCAAGGCCAUCGCCAUUCAUGAAAUACACAUCCUUCGGCGGUUGGGCCACACCCUGGGAUUCCUCGAUGGCGACCAACACGAGCGGGAUGGGGUGCCGGAUGUCGGCGUGAAAAAGGUCGUCCACUCCCUGGUUUCGACAUCCACCUUUCGCCCUAUGUUCACCGUGUUCCUCAGCUAUCGAGCCAGCCAACCCCCUUCGACUAUGAAUUGGCUCUGGCUCCCCCUCGAAGCCGGGCUCUACGGAAUCAUUCUCGACUUUUGGUUUUAUUGGUACCACCGGUUGAUGCACGAGAUGAACGGGCUCUGGAAAUACCACCGGACUCACCACCUGACCAAGCACCCCAAUCCACUCUUGACACUGUACGCCGAUACCGAACAGGAGUUUUUCGAUAUCGCUGGUAUCCCGCUCAUGACCUACUUCAGCAUGAAGCUCAUGGGUUUCCCUAUGGGUUUCUACGAGUGGUGGAUUUGCCACCAGUAUGUUGUUUUCGCCGAGGUCGCGGGCCACAGUGGCCUCCGCCUGCACACCGUACCGCCCAACACCCUCUCUUGGUUCCUCCGGAUCUUUAACGCUGAACUUAUCAUUGAAGACCAUGAUAUCCACCACCGCCGGGGAUGGAAGAAGAGCGCAAACUACGGCAAACAAACCCGUCUGUGGGAUCGUGUGUUCGGCACAUGCGGUGAUCGGGUCGAAUGCUACAGGGAUAAUAUCGAUUACGAUAACCAGAUUUCUAUGCCGCUGCUUUGA